UUACAUCAUCUGUAAAAUAAGGAUAAUAUGUAUUAUUAGGGUAAACAUGAAGAUUAGCAAUAAUAUUUAUGCACCGGGCCUUUUAUAAGUUAAUUUAGCACUGGCAUCUUCAGGGUGAGCUAUACAUUUUCCUGUACAACUGUAUUAAUUCUUUCUUAUAAACCAUGGGUUUAUUAGGUCCUGUGCUCCUUGACUUCAACAAUAUAUGACAGUGACCACAGUCCUUAAAUGUGUGGUUUUAGUAAACUGUCCUGAGACAGCCUUUGAGCUGAUACUCUGUUGGAUGUUUGGAGAAAACAAGUUAGUUUAACAAGAAGUGUUCUCAGAGCAUUUGCUUGGAGACAGGCUGUGUGAGUGGAUAGCUUUCAAAGCUGUCUUUCAGAGCCAGUGCCUGGGAUUUCCUGCACUCUGGUCUUGAGGCUGGACCUGAAUGGACUUGCUAGUGAAAAUGACACAGCUCCCUUGACAAAGUCCAGCUGUUUAUGCUCUGGGCUGGAAAAUUUUUCCCUUUAUAUGCAUGGACCAAUGCUAACUGGAAAUUAUUACCAAAAAAAAAUAUUUUUGGCUAGGGGCCAAACACAAGGUAGGCUACAGAAGGAGAAAUUAAACUGGAAGAAAUUAGUUUUUAGACUUUUCUGUUUGUUCCUUACUAUUAAAAAGAUCUGCCGUCCAAUAUUUAAGUUAGUAGCUGGGUUUGCCUGGUUUCCAUAACUGGCUUGCUGGAGUGAUUCGUUAAAAAAUUCCCACAAUUCCAAGCAAGACGGAGCGCCCCCCUCCCGUUGACGUCACGCCUGUGGAUUGGCUGAUGAUGGGACUGAGGGCGUGGCUGUAGUUGAGCGGGAACCUGAGACCCAGCAGUCGCCAUGACUGGCUCUGGGGCCCCGAGGCGCCGAGGCUUCGGGCUGUUUCUCUGCUUGCCUCUACGCCGUCUCUUGUUGCUGCUUCUGUUUUGGCUUGGGACCCUGGCAAACAAACUUAACGUGCCGCAGGUGUUGCUACCCUUCGGCCGGGAGCCAAGCCGAGUGCCCUUCCUCCUGGAGGCGAAGCGGGGCUGCUACACUUGGCAUUCCACCCAUCAUGAUGCAGUAACUGUUGAGCCUUUAUAUGAAAAUGGCACCUUAUGUUCCCAAAAAGCUGUGCUCAUUGCUGAAUCUACCCAACCGAUACGCCUCAGCAGUGUUAUUCUUGCUCGAGAGAUAGUGACUGACCAUGAACUGCGCUGUGAUGUUAAGGUUGAUGUAAUAGACAGCAUUGAAAUUAUAUCUCGAACCCGGGAACUCUAUGUAGAUGAUUCACCACUGGAACUGAUGGUGAGGGCAUUGGAUGCUGAAGGAAAUACUUUUAGUAGUUUGGCAGGGAUGAUGUUUGAGUGGAGCAUUGCCCAGGAUAACGAAUCAGCAAGAGAAGAACUGUCUAGCAAAAUUAGGAUUCUGAAAUACUCUGAAGCAGAAUAUUCUCCCCCCACCUAUAUAGUUGAGAUGGAAAAAGAAGAGAAACAAGGAGAUAUGAUUUUGGUGUCUGGGAUUAGAACUGGUGCUGCUGUUAUAAAAGUCCGAAUUUAUGAACCAUUCUAUAAGAAAGUGGCAGCAGCAUUGAUACGUCUGCUUGUUUUGGAGAAUAUAUUUCUUAUACCAUCCCAUGACAUUUAUCUCUUAGUAGGAGCAUAUAUUAAAUACCGAGUUGCAAAAAUGGUUCAGGGAAGAAUGACAGAGGUGGACUUUCCCCUGGAACAUUAUACACUGGAAUUGCAAGACCGUAGAGUUUCAUGUAAUGAAUCUCUUUCUGGGAAAGUGGCUUUACUGGAUGAGAAAACAGCCAUGGUGACUGCGGUCCAACUGGGCCAAACUAACCUUGUCUUUGUUCAUAAAAAUGUCCAUAUGCGAUCUGUGUCUGGACUCCCCAAUUGCACCAUCUAUGUUGUAGAGCCCGGAUUUUUAGGUUUCACAGUCCAACCUGGAGACCGAUGGAGUCUAGAGGUGGGACAAGUGUAUGUCAUUACAGUAGAAGUGUUUGAUAAAAGCAGCACGAAGGUCUAUAUUUCAGAUAAUCUCAGGAUUAUGUGCCAGUUCCUAAGAGAGUACUUUGAAGAGCAGCUAACUACCGCAAAUGGAUCUUACCAUGUAGUAAAAGCCCUGAAAGAUGGUAUCGUGGUGAUAAAUGCAUCUUUGACUUCCAUCAUUUACCAGAAUAAAAAUACUCAGCCUAUAAAAUUUCCAAUCGUACAUCAGCAAGAAGUGAAGAUUUAUUUUCCCAUCAAGCUUACACCCAACUUUCUGGCAUUUCCUCAUCAUCCUAUGGAAAUGUUAUAUCGUUAUAAAGUACAGGUAGAAGGUGGCAGUGGCAACUUCACGUGGACUUCUUUUAAUGAAACAGUGGCCAUGGUAACCACUAAAGGAGUGGUGACUGCAGGUCAGGUCAGGGGGAACAGUACUGUUUUGGCCCGAGAUGUUCAUAACCCCUUUCGAUAUGGAGAAAUUAAGAUAUAUGUCCUAAAACUGAACAAAAUGGAACUGUUACCAUUUCAUGCUGAUGUGGAGAUUGGCCAGAUUAUAGAAAUCCCCAUUGCAAUGUAUCACAUAAAUAAGGAGACCAAAGAAGCCAUCGCAUUCACAGACUGCUCUCAUUUAUCAUUGGAUCUGAACAUGGAUAAGCAAGGUGUUUUUACUCUUCUAAAAGAAGGUAUUCAAAGACCUGGACCAACUCACUGUUCUAGUACACAUAUCGCAGCCAAAUCCCUGGGCCAUACUCUGGUAACAGUGAGUGUGACUGAAUAUGAAGAGUACUUGGAGAGCAGUGCCACAUUUGCUGCUUAUGAACCCCUAAAGGCUCUAAACCCCGUGGAAGUGGCAUUGGUAACGUGGCAGUCUGUGAAGGAAAUGGUAUUUGAAGGGGGCCCUCGUCCUUGGAUCUUGGAGCCCUCCCGAUUCUUUUUGGACUUGAGUGUGGAGAAGACAGAGAAAAUUGAAAUAACACAAGUCUGGCUGCCAGCUAAGAGAAAACAGAACCAGUAUAUCUACCGGGUCCUGUGCCUGGAUUUAGGAGAACAAGUUCUGACAUUCCGAAUUGGAAAUCACCCGGGUGUCCUGAACCCUAGUCCAGCUGUAGAAGUUGUGCAGGUACGCUUCAUAUGUGCCCACCCUGCCAGCAUGUCAGUAACCCCAGUAUACAAAGUGCCAGCUGGUGCCCAGCCAUGUCCUCUGCCACAGCACAACAAACAACUGAUUCCUGUAUCAAGCCUGAGGGACACAGUCCUGGAACUGGCAGUGUUUGAUCAACACAGGAGAAAGUUUGAUAAUUUCAGUUCACUAAUGCUAGAAUGGAAAUCCUCAAAUGAAACACUAGCUCAUUUUGAAAAUUAUAAUUCAGUGAAGAUGGUAGCAAAGGAUGAUGGCAGUGGGCAGUCCUGGCUACAUGGUCAUCAGAUACUUAAAGUACAUCAGUUAAAAGGAACCGUACUCAUUGGAGUUAAUUUUGUGGGCUAUUCAGAGAAGAAAAGUCCAAAGGAACUUUUCAACUUGCCCAGAUCUGCAGCUGUGGAGCUGCUCCUGGUGGAUGAUGUAACUGUAUUGCCUGAGAAUGCCACCAUCUAUAACCAUCCUGAUGUGAAGGAAAUAUUUAGCCUUGUGGAAGGAUCUGGUUAUUUUUUAGUCAACAGCAGUGAGCAGGACAUUGUCACUAUUACUUACCUGGAAGCAGAAAGCUCUGUCCAGUUAGUUCCUGUACAUCCUGGAUUUCUCGCCUUGGAGGUCUAUGAUCUGUGCUUGGCUUUCUUGGGUCCAGCAAUGGCCCACCUCAGGGUGUCAGACAUACAAGAGCUGGAGCUUGACCUGAUUGAUAAGGUUGAAAUAGGUAAAACUGUGUUAGUAACUGUGAGGGUUCUUGGCUCUUCCAAACACCCAUUCCAAAAUAAAUAUUUCAGAAACAUGGAGCUCAAACUACAGUUGGCUUCUGCCAUCGUCACCCUGACGCUAAUGGAGGAACAGGACGAAUACUCUGAAAAUUAUAUCCUUCGAGCUGUCGCUAUUGGGCAAUCCACACUUGUGGCCAUUGCCAGGGACAAGAUGGGGAGAAAAUUCACAUCAGCUCCUCGGCAAAUUGAAGUGUUUCCUCCAUUCAGACUUGUUCCAGAGAAAGUGACACUGAUUCCAACUAACAUGAUGCAGGUAAUAUCCGAAGGUGGCCCCCAGCCCCAAUCUAUCAUUCACUUCUCCAUCAGUAACCAGACAGUGGCUGUUGUUAAUAGGAGGGGGCAAGUUACAGGGAAGGUGGUUGGCACAGCUGUGGUCCAUGGUACCAUCCAGACAGUAGAUGAAGAUACUGGCAAAGUCAUUGUGUUUUCCCAGGAUGAAGUGCAGAUUGAAGUUGUUCAGCUAAGGGCUGUUAGGAUCCUUGCAGCUGCAACUCGACUCAUCACAGCUACUGAGAUGCCAGUUUAUGUCAUGGGAGUGACCAGUACCCAGACCCCUUUCUCCUUCAGCAAUGCCAACCCUGGGCUCACAUUCCACUGGUCCAUGAGCAAAAGGGAUGUAUUGGAUCUGGUGCCCAGGCAUUCAGAGGUUUUUCUACAGCUCCCAGCAGAGAAUAACUUUGCCAUGGUUGUCCACACAAAAGCAGCUGGCCGGACCAGUAUCAAAGUCACUGUCCGCCAUAUGAAUAGUUCCUCUGGGCAGUUUGAGGGGAAUUUGUUGGAACUAUCUGAUGAAGUUCAGAUCCUGGUGUUUGAAAAACUCCAACUAUUCUAUCAAGAGUGCCAACCUCAGCAAAUUCUGAUGCCCAUGAAUUCUCAGCUCAAACUCCAUACCAACAGGGAAGGGGCCGCCUUUGUGAGUUCCCGUGUUCUCAAGUGUUUCCCUAAUUCAUCCGUCAUUGAGGAGGAUGGUGAAGGGCUCCUGAAAGCUGGUUCCAUUGCAGGUACUGCUGUGUUGGAAGUUACUUCUAUAGAACCUUUUGGAGUCAACCAAACAACCAUAACUGGGGUUCAGGUAGCACCAGUGACAUACCUGCGAAUGAGCAGCCAACCCAAGCUAUACACAGCCCAAGGAAAGACCCUAUCAGCCUUUCCCUUGGGCAUGUCUCUCACCUUCAUUGUUCAGUUUUAUAAUAGCAUCGGAGAGAAAUUCCACACACACAAUACCCAGCUUUAUCUGGCUCUGAACAGAGAUGACCUGCUGCUUAUUGGACCAGGGAAAAGGAACUAUACUUACAUGGCCCAGGCUGUGAACAGAGGGGUGACACUUGUGGGGCUCUGGGACUGGAGACAUCCAGGCAUGGCAGAUUAUAUUCCUGUUGCUGUAGAGCAUGCCAUUGAGCCAGACACCAAGCUUACCUUUGUCGGAGAUGUCAUCUGCUUCAGUACUCACCUUCUCAACCAGAACGGUGAACCUGGGAUAUGGAUGAUUUCUGCUGACAAUAUUUUACAAACAGACAUUGUCACUGGGGUUGGAGUGGCCAGGAGUCCAGGAAUAACAACAAUCUUUCAUGACAUCCCAGGAGUGGUGAAAACAUAUCGAGAGGUGGUGGUCAAUGCAUCAUCCAGAUUAACAUUCAGUUAUGACCUCAAGACCUACCUCACCAAUACCCCCAAUUCAACUGUGUUCAAGCUCUUCAUCACCACUGGCAGAAAUGGUGUCAAUCUUAAAGGAUCCUGCACCCCAAGUCAGGCCUUGGCCAUUACAAGAAUACUGCUUCCAGAGACCCUCAUGCUGUGCCAUGUACAGUUCAGUAAUACUUUGCUAGACAUUCCAGCAAGUAAAGUCUUUCAUGUUCAUUCAGAUUUCAGCAUGGAGAAAGGGCUUUAUGUCUGCCUAAUCAAGGUUCGACCCCAGUCAGAGGAGCUGCUCCAGGCCCUCAGCAUGGCUGACACCUCAGUCUAUGGGUGGGCCACACUAGUCAGUGAACGCAGCAAGAAUGGAAUGCAAAGAAUCCUCAUUCCUUUCAUCCCAGCCUUUUACAUCAACCAGUCAGAAUUGGUUUUUAGACACAAACAAGACAUCGUGGAGAUAAGAGUACUGGCAGUGGAUACAGUUCUUGAGAAGCUAGAGGUCUUCCCCAGCUCUCCAGUUCUAGUGGUCUCUGGCCAUAGGCACUCUUCCCUCAUGCCUGGCCUGGCCAUCUACCCUGUAAGAGUAGUCAACUUCACUUCCCUCCAGCAGAUGGCAUCACCUGUUUUCAUCAAUAUUUCCUGUGUGCUCACCAGUCAAAGUGAGGCUGUGCUAGUGAGAGCUGUGAAGGAUAAGUCUGGUGCAGCUCCAUGUGAAGAGUCAGGUGUCAUCCAGAAGUUUAUGGGUUCUUACCAGGUCCUCCUCUUUACCCUCUUUGCGGUGGUGGCAUCAACAGCUUUCAUCUUUCUAGCAUACAAUGCCUUCCUAAACAAGAUACAGACAGUUCCAGUUGUCUAUGUACCAACUCUAGGCACAUCACCGACAGGUUCUUAUACCUCCACACGUUCUCCUCCUCCCUUCGUGAGUCCACAACCCCCACCAGCCCAAAGUCGGCUACAACAUUGGCUAUGGAGUAUAAGGCACUAACCUCUGCUUGGACGAGUCCCCUCAACUGUAGGGGACUGGAGAUUUCUAGCCCUAGACCCGGAGCCUAGCAGCAACCCCUAGACUCAUCUCAAGCCUCCAAAGAAAGCUUCAGAGAACUGUUCAUAAAGAAUUCUAAGCCGUUUUGUAUUAAAGUGGUGUGUUAGAUUGUGUUUUGAAGAUCAACUGUCAGUUCUUAAUUCUAAGAAAACAUAAAACUGAAAGUAAAUAUCCCAUUUAUAUAUUAUCUCAGAUUUUUAGUCAAACUCCAAAGAUUUACUCCAUGAGCCUACAUGGACAGAAAUAUCCCAAAUGUACUUUUUAAGUACUUGGCC